UGGCUGAUCGCCGAGAUCGACAGCGGCCGGUACCCGGGGCUGCGCUGGGAGAACCGGCACCGCACGCUGUUCCGCAUCCCCUGGAAACACGCGGCCAAGCAGGAUUACCGGCAGCAGCAGGACGCCGCGCUCUUCAAGCCCUACAAGGUGUACCAGAUCCUGUCCGACGGCGCCCGGGACGCGGGGUACCACGUGAGAGGGGUCUUCUAUGGCUGGAACCCAACCCAUGGCCACCUCCUCCCCGGACCCCUGUCCUACCUCCCCGUGGAGGACGUCAAUCACUCAGACUGCUGGCUCCACGUCCGCCUCUACUACUGCGACGUGCUGGUGAAGGAGGUGACGACCCGCACGGCCGAGGGCUGCCGCAUCGCCUCCCGCGCCGUGCCCGCCGACAGCCACAGCCUCUACGGCCCCUCCUGCAUGGAGCAGAGCGAGUUUCCCUCCCCGCGGGCGCUGGGCGGUGCUGGCCGGGGGGCCGGUAUGACCGACGUGCUGGAGCGGCUCCUGCCCCACCUGGAGCUCUGGGUCCUGCUCUGGGUGGCUCCCGAGGGGGUCUUCAUGAAGCGCCAGUGCCAGGGCAGGGUGUACUGGAACGGGCCACUGGCCCCGCACAGGGACUGGCCCAACAAGCUGGAGAGGGAGAAGACCUACAAGCUGUUGGACACUCAGCAGUUCCUGCAGCAGCUGCGGGGAUACCUGAGCCAGGGGCAGCCCACACCACAGUACCAGAUCCACCUCUGCUUUGGGGAGGAGUACCCCACCAGCAGCAGGCACCACUUCCAGAAGCUCAUCAUGGCCCACGUGGAGCCAGUGUUUGCACGGGAGCUCUUCCAUCAUGCCCAGCGCAUGGGGCCAAACCUGCUCCGGAGCUGUCCCCAGCCCUGUGCCCCUGGCACCUCCAGCCACAUCAUCCGUGUCCUCCAGCAGCUCUGCCAGCCCUGA